AUAAUUCCGCCAAAGUGUAAAACCUUUCUCUCUCUCUCUCUGUCUCUCUCUCUCUCUCUCAACAUAUUGACAUUGCACGAGUCUGAUUCUGCUAAAUCCACAAUCAGAAGAACGAAAGACUUGUGUGAGCAAUGGCAGGAGACGAGAAUCGAAGAAUCCCUAAACGAUCUUCUCUUAAAAUCCCUCUUUCUUUCAAUACUCAUUCCAAUUGGAAAGCCAAGCUCAGAGAAAACUGUUACAAAAGGGUUCAAGAGGAUCGAGCCCGCUUGCUUUGGAAAUUAAGGUUACCCGAGGCUAAUGAUCGAUCUCUCAGUGAUAAGGAAUUCAUCAAAUCAACCUUCCAGGACAUAGUUGCUGAUGAAUUUAAAAAAAUUAAGGAUUCAUCAAUGGAUGAGAAUUCUGAAAUUUUAUCUUCCACACCUGAAGUAGAUGAUGCAUUAUGGGAAUAUGAAGGUCUUCAUACAGCUUAUCAAGGAGAAUGUGAAGAGAUAUUAUUAGAAAUGCAAAGGAUUUUCUAUGAGGAUCUUAGAACAGAACCAACUAGAAGAGAAGAGGGAAUCUAUAUCAAAACUUGGGAAGAUGAAGAAGAUGAGUACUUGGCUCGUGCAGUCUAUGAGCAUAUGCAGUUGAAUGAUAAGCAGGUGGACAAGGUGACGUGGUGCCCUGUCUGCAAGAAAGGAGAGUUGCAAGAGAAAUGCUUUUCAAUUUUUUGCAGUUUUUGUGAAUUUAGACUCAACAGAAGCAAUGAGGUUACGUUGGAUUUGUUGAGGAAUCGGCUGGCAGAAGCCCUUGCAGAACAUCUUGAUAGGGGGUGCAGAUUGAAACCCAAGUUCUGCAUCGAGACUAGAUUUGAUCUAACUGCACUGUACAUCGAGUGCCAAGGUUGUAGUAUUUUUGAAGUGGUAAUAUAGUGUUUUUGUGUUUUUGUUAAAAAUAAUUUUUUGUGUGGUUUUCCACUGUAAAUUUUUGCUGUAUAUUUUUGAAAUAUACACGCUUCUGUUAAUCUCACACCUUUUCAUUUCCUUCUAAUUUUUUUUUGGAGAGUAGGAGAAGCAAUUUUGUUUAUGCAGUUUGCUAUACUUCUCUCUCUCUCUCUCUCUCUCUCUCAUGUAUGUAGGGAAGCCAAUUUUUUGUGUUUUUUUUUUGGGUGGAUAAGCCAAUUUUUUGUUGCUUCAAAGGGAUCUUUUUAGCACAGGCUAUUAUUUUAUUUUGUUUGGGGGAAGAUUAGAGAAAACUUGGAUUAUGUA